AUGGCUGGCGUAUGGCGAAAUGCCGGAAAUGGAACAUUUACCCACAGUCUUAAAGGAUCCGUCCCGGCCGUGGCGAACAAACUAAGAAAGUUAAAAAUUAACAAAGCACUUAGCUUAAAUGAUCCAAAUAUAAAAAUUUUAAAGAUAUAUGCUGAGAUUUUAAACGAAUUUUUUAAAUUAAAACGUUUCUCCAUAAUCUGGAAAGAAUUUUGGGUUUCAUCCAUCCCAAAAUGUAUACCUUGCAUAAGUGUUGAUGAACUACGUCCUGUUGCACUUACUAGUAUUAUAUCAAAGCUUCAAGAGUUAUACGUAGUUAACUGGCUGAGUUAA